AUUGGAUUUUUGAUUUCCAUUGAUUUAAUUACUUUCUAUUAACUGAUUGAUUGUGAUUCUUUUUGUUUUCGUUAUUGUAUUAAAUUUAUUAUCAAUAAGAUUCUGUGAUUGAAUCUGAAUUUGAUAAUUUCUUCAAGUGUUCUCAAGAAAAUUGUUUGAUUUUAUUUUCUUCUUAUUGACUUUUUCAUCUUUUUCUCAGUUUUUUUUUCUUCCUCGUAGUUCACUGAUAUGACCUUUCACUAAUUGUUAUUUAAUUUAUUUCUUUUAAUCUGUAAUCUCGAUUAACUUUUCGUAUUUAUUGUUUCCAUAUUCGACGUCAUAAUUAACUUGAAAAAUCUCAAAAAAUUAUCAUGGCUCUUGUUUCGUUGAGAGAUCUACGUAAAGUAUUACAUCCACAUUAUCUGGUCAACAUUUUACUUUCACUUUCAUUCAUUUUAAUGAGAAAAGUUCAUCCAUUUUGUACAUAUUUGUUUGAUUCUUGCAUAUUAAAUCACAAAGAAAGUGAAAUCAUGUUCUUUGCUGCAGUCAUCAUCGUAUUUAGAACUAGGAAGCAAGGUGCUGUUAAUUUCCUUCCGUACGUUGGAACCGCUUGUAUGUUUGCGAAAUUAGCUGGUGUCCUUUUAUGGUUUUUCGCUGAUCCAUUGUAUGGUGUUAUUUUCGCUGUUCUUUGUCUUCUUCAUCUUCUUCUUCUACCUGAACCAUGUUACAAGGGACCCGAGAAUAUGACUUAUUUCAGUGGAAAUGAUCUUGAUGAAAGUUUGAAACGUGAAAAAGGAACUACCUGGUUGAUUGAACUUUAUGCAGCUUGGAAUCCAACAUGUAUUGAAUUUGCACCAACCUUUUCAGAAAUUUCAGCCAAUUACGCCCUGGACAAUUUAAAAUUUGGUAAAGUUGAAUUAUCUCGUAAUCCCGAAAUCGCAGCGAAAUUUAAGAUCAACACAUCACCAUUAAGUAAACAAAUGCCAACCUUAAUUUUAUUCAAAAAUGGUCAAGAACAAAUGAGAAGACCAUUAGUUUCCAAUAACGGUAAACUUGUCACAUUUAAUUUUAAUUAUGCCAAUGUUGUAUCUACAUUUGAAUUGACCACUUUACAUGACCAUUGUAAGAAAGCCCUCAAAGAGAAAAGUAAAACAAAGAAGCAACAAUCUAAAUCAUCACAACAACAUUUGAAAGAUGAAUAAUUAACUUUUGGAUUAAUCACAAUUAAUGAACUAAAUCUGUGUUUUUCUAGUUCUCAUUUAAUUUCUGUUUUUCUAUCCAAUUCAAUUUGCUUACCCAUAAAUCAAUGGAUCAUCAUCAUCAUCAUCAUAAAUACAACCAAUCAAUUGAUUUUGUAUAAUGGAAAAUGUUAGUCGGCAGUUUUAAUUUGCUUUCUAUUCAACAACAAUCAAUGUAAAUUAACACAACAGUAAUCAUUAUUUAAUCUAAGGUUAUUUUAGUAAUGGAAACAUUAAUUUACUUUUGUGCUACCUCAUAGACACAAAAAUUAUUAUUGCAAUUAAUACACUAAUUGUUACCUUAAAUUAAUGUUUAAUCACGAUAAAUAAUAUUUACCUUGGAAGAUACUUUAAGAUGAAACUUUGAUUACCAUUGGUUAAUUGUAAUUAGGCAACUGGUCAAAUUAAUUAUAGAGAAAUCAAAUUUCUACUAUCCAUCUAAUCAAAUUAAAAGUUAACAAUUUAAA